AUGCACUGCUCUGACACCCCCACGAGCGGACCCGAGCGAGAGGAUGACCUAGCCCUCGCUCCGACCCUAACUGCCCUGACCCCCGAGCCCCCGUUGGGGGAGGCGACUGGUCUGAGACUCGUGGGAUUAUCCCCCCGAGACGCCACGAUGCUCCCUGCGAGAGCGAUCCUAUCGAAUCCCGUCUGAUGUGACGGAUUGUCCCCGAGCCACCGGAGAAGGACAGAUUGAACGCUUGACGAGGAGACAGACGGCGGCAUGAAGAUGGAGCGAGUCGUCGGAGAGUCCCGAUGUUGACUUUCGCCCUGGCGAGGGUGACGAGCCUUCGAUCUAGGGGAGACUUUCGCGAGACGAGAGCGGCGUACGAUCGAGAGGAUGGCGUGGAGAUUUCCUGAUGUUUAGACAAGAGAAGAGAGGACGAGACUGAUCGCACGCGAAGACAGAGACGAGCCCCCUCGUGGGAGGAGACCUCCGCCCCCCUGAGAGGGGCCUUUUUCUUGAGCGAGAUAGAUUGACGAGAGAGUAGCAGGAGAGAGUUCCCCGGAGACCGACGAGCAGAGGAGAGACCCUCCCCGAGAGAUAGGGAGAGCCCGACCCUGAUGGCGAUGAGAGAGAGAGACGGCGGAGAGAUGAGAGAGAGGGAGAGCGAGAGGAGAGAGACGAGAGAGAGGAGAGGAAGAGAGAGAGAGAGAAGAGGAGAGAGAGAGAGAAACAGGGUCUGUCAGUCUGUCUGUCGGUCAGUGCAUAAGUCUGUCUGUGUCUGUCUGAUUAUUUUACCAAUGAGAGAGAGAGAGAGAGAGAGAGAGAGGCAGGAGAGAGAGCAGAGAGAGAAGAGAGAGAUGAGGGAGGAAGAGAGAGAGAGAGAGAGAGAGAGAGAGAUGAGGGGGUGGAAGAGGAUGUAUCACAAGAGAGAGGGAGGCAAAUAGAGAAAGAGAAGGGAGGGAAGGAGGGAGGGAGGGGAAUAAGAUAAUUGAGUGAGAGAAUAAACUUACAUACAUGAAUGCAAUUGACUUAUAACUUCCCCCCAUUGAAUGCAAUGUAUUACAUUUGGAAUCAUGUCCAUGAUGCCUAUCUCUAGGCAUCAAUAUUGUGACACUAAUGUUCCCCCCAUUGAAUGCAAUGUAUUCAAAUAUGCAUCAUGUUUCUUGAUGACAAAUUUAUUUUUUUUCAAAAUGGACCAGAUUGACACUUUUCUGCUGAUACCAGGCUGUCCCAGUUAGUCUAUUGGAUAUUCAUAUUGCACUCCACAGCCUUAACUAUGGAUUGUGCACCUGUGGGCCUACUCAGUGACACCCACAGAACACAACUAUGUAGCGGAUACACCAAUAUUAGCAUCUUAGCUCUAUUGCAGGACACCAGUGCGAAAUGAGCCGCAUUAGCUCACCACUCAACCUACUAUGUGUAUUGAACAUUAUUUUUAGUUAUUUUUAGUCAUUAGGCAGACGCUCUUAUCCAGAGCGACUUACAUGAGCAAUUAGGGUUAAGUGCCUUGCUCAAGGGCACAUCGGCAGAUUUUUCACCUAGUCGGCUCGGGGAUUAGAACCAGCGACCUUUCGGUUACCGGCACAACGCUCUUAACCACUAAGCUACCUGCCGCCCAUAUGGCAGCGGCGGCUGGUGGGAGGAGCUAUAAGAGGAUGGGCUCAUUUUAAUGUCUGGAAUGGAAUAGUGGAAACCACGUUCGACUCCGUUCCAAUUAUUCCAUUCCAGCAAUUACAAUGAGCCCGUCCUCCUAUAGCUCCUCCCACCAGCCUCCUCUGAUUCAGAGCUAAUGUGGCUUAUUUCACAGUGGUUUCAGAGUCCUGCGGUAAGAGCUAAGAUGCUAGUGUUUGUGUAAACUCUUGAAAAUAGUUUUCUGUGGGUGUCACCUGAUUAGGCUGAUAUCCCGUUUCAUGGGUGCACAAUCCAUAGGUAAGGCUGUACAGUGCAUAUACACUGAGUAUACCAAACAUUAUGAACACCUUCCUAAUAUUGAGUUGCAUCCCCCCUUUUGCCCUCAGAACAGCCUCAAUUCGUUGGGGCAUGGACUCUACAAGGUGUUGAAAGCGUUCCACAGGGACGCUGGCCCGUUUGGUAUUGGGUAUUUUAUUAGGAUCCCCAUUAGCUGUUGUGAAAGCAGCAGCUACUCUUCCUGGGGUCCACACAGAACAUGAAACACGACGUAAUACAGAACAUUAAUAGACAAGAGCAGCUCAAGGACAGAACUAUAUACACUGAGUGUACAAAACAUUAAGAACACCUUCCUAAUAUUGAGUUGCAUCGGGGCAUGGACUCUACACGGUGUCGAACGCUUUCCACAGGGAUGCUUGGCCCAUGAUGACUCCAAUGCUUCCCACAGUAGUGUCAAGUUGGCUGGAUGUCCUUUGGGUGGUGGACCAUUCUUGAUACACAUGGGGAAACUGUUGAGUGUGGAUUUAACAAGUGACAUCAAUAAGGGAUCAUAGCUUUCACCUGAUCAGUCUUAUGUCAUGGAAAGAGCAGGUGUUCAUAAUGUUUUGUAUACUCAGUGUAAGUAUGCCCCCAAUGCAAUUAUACAUUUUACAUUUUAGUCAUUUAGCAGACGCUCUUAUCUAGAGCGACUUACAGUUAGUGAGUGCAUACAUUUUCAUACUGGGCCCCCCGUUGGAAACGAACCCACAACCCUGGCGUUGCAAGCGCCAUGCUCUACCAACUGAGCUACAGGGACUCAGUCUAAUAGAUCCACGGUGGGAUUUCAACCGUUUUUUCUGUUUAUUGUCCAACUGAUUAAUUGUUGUGUUUAAUUUAAAAUGAUGUAAUAACAUUCCAACCUUGUUUAGCUUCUAGUCCAAACAUGGCGUGAUGCACUAUUUCUAUCCGUUUGCAUCACUUUCAAUGAAGGACUUUUAUGUUGAAGGCAAACCACAAAUUCCACAGAAGGAGGAUGACAGCCGCCGGUGACCAUAGCGAUUGAGUAAACAAAAAAUGUUCUACUUGUGAAAAGUGAAUCACUAUAACACCAUAAUAAGUAUUUACCCGUCAACAGAAAUUAUUAACCCUAAAAUAGAAAACAAUGAUUUGUAUUGUUAGACGUGACUCUGUAAACCCAUAAUGUUAGCCAGCUAACUAGCUAGUUAGUUAGUUACAUGUACCCUACAUGCGGACUGCUGACGUUUCACCACUCAUGCUACGUUGUGUGGAGCUUGGUGGAACGUGAAUACUCCUCAACCAUUGAAAACAAAGGAAAACGUGCGGUGGGCUGGACCGGGCCGACCCCGUCCACAGCCAUCCGCGGUCAGGGGUACUUGCUAUUUUGAGUGGUUCUGGACCGGUUCCGACUCAAACAUUUUUUGUGUAUGGAGGGCUCUGUGAAUGUGCACUCCGUGACAGCUCUGUUUGUCCCGCUUCGCAUGCCGUUCUCCGCUCUCAGCUGAGAUGUGAAGUCUGACACCUCAUUUGCAUAGGGAGCGACACGUGACAUGUUCUGGCCAAUCCAGACAAAGGAUCGAACUGCCCUGGCUGUGAACCUCGCAGCUCCACUUAUAUGGCAUAUGGAAUGGGAGACUAGUGAUUACAGUAGGCACUCUCAUCUCACUGUGAUGUUCUUAGAUGCUCCUCUCUGUGUCUUCCUGGACUAUAUGGUCCUAGUUGCUCCUCAAGUUGCUAACUAGCUAACUCCUCUCACCUCCUCUCUCCUCUUCUCUCCUUCUCUCCUCCUCUCCUCUCUCUCCUACUUUCUCCUCGCUCCACUUCUCUCCUCUUCUCCUCCUCUCUCCUCCAUUCAACUCCCUCCUCCUCUCUCCUCCUCUCCUCUCAAUUCAAUUUAAAUUUUCAAUUUCAAUUUAAGUGCUUUAUUGGCAUGGGAAACGUAUGUUAACAUUGCCAAAGCAAGUGAAGUAGAUAGUAAACAAAAGUGAAAUAAACAAUAAAUAUUAACAGUAAACAUUACACUCAGAAGUUUCAAAAGACUAAAGACAUUUCAAAUGUCAUAUUAUGUCUAUAUACAGUGUUGUAACAAUGUGCAAAUAGUUAAAGUACAAAUGGGAAAAUAAAUAAACAUAAAUAUGGGUUGUAUUUACAAUGGUGUUUGUUCUUCACUGGUUGCCCUUUUCUUGUGGCAACAGGUCACAAAUCUUGCAGCUGUGAUGGCACACUGUGGUUUUUCACCCAGUAGAUAAGGGAGUUUAUCAAAAUUGGGUUUGUUUUCAAAUUCUUUGUGGAUCGCUGUAAUCUGAGGGAAAUAUGUGUCUCUAAUAUGGUCAUACAUUUGGCAGGAGGUUAGGAAGUGCAGCUCAGUUUCCACCUCAUUUUGUGGGCUUUCUCCUCCCCUAUCCUCUCUCCAGGGUGAUGACUGCUCCUCUCUGUGUCCUCCUUGGCUAUAUGGUCCUAGUUGCUCCUCAAGUUGCUAACUAGCUAACUCCUCUCUCCUCCUUUCUCCUCCUUUCUCCUCUCUCCUCCUUUCUCCUCCUUUCUCCUCUCUCCUCCUCUCCUCUCUCUCCUCCUUUCUCCUCCCCUAUCCUCUCCUCCUCUCUCCAGGGUGAUGCCUGCUCCUCUCUGUGUCCUCCUGGGCUAUAUGGUCCUAGUUGCUCCUAUACCUGUUCCUGUCAUAACCAUGCCACCUGCUCCCCCAUCGAUGGAUCCUGUAUCUGCAGAGAAGGUACAGUACACCCCAGGGAACAGAGUUCCUAUAACAGACUGGCUCACCCAGGGGAGAGAGUUCCUAUAACAGACUGACUCACCCAGGGAAGAGAGUUCCUAUAACAGACUGACUCACCCAGGGAAGAGAGUUCCUAUAACAGACUGGCUCACCCAGGGAAGAGAGUUCCUAUAACAGACUGACUCACCCAGGGAAGAGAGUUCCUAUAACAGACUGACUCACCCAGGGAAGAGAGUUCAUUAAACAGACUGACUCACCCAGGGAAGAGAGUUCCUAUAACAGACUGACUCACCCAGGGAAGAGAGUUCAUUAAACAGACUGACUCACCCAGGGAAGAGAGUUCCUAUAACAGACUGGCUCACCCAGGGAACAGAGUUCCUAUAACAGACUGGCUCACCCAGGGAAGAGAGUUCCUAUAACAGACUGGCUCACCCAGGGAAGAGAGUUCCUAUAACAGACUGACUCACCCAGGGAAGAGAGUUCCUAUAACAGACUGGCUCACCCAGGGAAGAGAGUUCCUAUAACAGACUGACUCACCCAGGGAAGAGAGUUCAUUAAACAGACUGACUCACCCAGGGGACAGAGUUAAUUAAACAGACUGACUCACCCAGGGGACAGAGUUCAUUAAACAGACUGACUCACCCAGGGGACAGAGUUCAUUAAACAGACUGACUCACCCAGGGGACAGAGUUAAUUAAACAGACUGACUCACCCAGGGGACAGAGUUAAUUAAACAGACUGACUCACCCAGGGGACAGAGUUCAUUAAACAGACUGACUCACCCAGGGGACAGAGUUAAUUAAACAGACUGACUCACCCAGAGGACAGAGUUAAUUAAACAGACUGACUCACCCAGGGGACAGAGUUAAUUAAACAGACUGACUCACCCAGAGGACAGAGUUAAUUAAACAGACUGACUCACCCAGGGAAGAGAGUUCAUUAAACAGACUGACUCACCCAGGGGACAGAGUUCAUAAAACAGGUCUCUAUCAGACCCCCUACCCAGGCCCCUAUCAGACCCCCUACCCAGGCCCCUGUCAGACCCCCUACCCAGGCCUCUGUCAGACCCCCUACCCAGGCCCCUAUCAGACCCCCUACCCAGGCCCCUAUCAGACCCCCUACCCAGGUCUCUAUCAGACCCCCCUACCCAGGCCCCUGUCAGACCCCCUACCCAGGCCCCUGUCAGACCCCAUACCCAGGCCCCUGUCAGACCCCCUACCCAGGCCCCUGUCAGACCCCCUACCCAGGCCCCUAUCAGACCCCCUACCCAGGCCCCUAUCAGACCCCCUACCCAGGCCCCUAUCAGACCCCCUACCCAGGCCCCUAUCAGACCCCCUACCCAGAUCUCUAUCAGACCCCCUACCCAGGCCCCUGUCAGACCCCCUACCCAGGCCUCUGUCAGACCCCCUACCUAG